UGAAACUAGAUUGUAUCAUCUAUUUCUGCACAUUGCUGAAAUUGAAGAAUUACAAGACAACCAGACUAGAGAAUUUAACAUCUCUGCAAAUGGAAAGGUUUUGUAUUGGGAAUUUCAUCCCUUCUCCUUCUAUACAAGAUCAGCAUAUAACUUGUUUCCCUUCAGUGGAACGAGAAUUGACAUUUCAAUGAACAAAACUGAGAAUUCAACUCUGCCGCCUAUCUUAAACGCCCUUGAGAUAUACUGGUUAAACGAAUUCUCACAAUUGGUAACAGAGGAACAAGAUGUUGAUGCUAUUAUGAAUAUCAAGACAAAGUACGGAGUGAAAAUAUCAAAUUGGCAAGCAGAUCCAUGUAUCCCUAAACUUUUCAUCUGGGAAGGUCUCGACUGCAGCUAUGAUUCUGGACUCCCAAAGAUCAUAUCCCUAAAUUUAUCUUCAAGUGGAUUGUCCGGGGAGAUAAGUCCUUAUAUACUCGGUCUCACAUCGAUUCAAUCUUUGGACUUAUCAAACAAUAGUUUGACAGGAUCAGUGCCUGAGUUUUUUACACAGCUACAAUACUUGAGAGUGCUGAACUUGAAAGGAAACAAUCUCGAAGGCUCAAUUCCAGCUGGACUAAAAGAAAAAGUAGACAAGGGUUUGCUGUUAUUAAGUGUGGAUGGAAAUUCAAAUCCUUGUCCUCCGGGUUCAUGCAAAGAGCAAAACAAGUUUAAAAUUGUGCCUGUGGUGGCAUCAGUUGUUUCCGUUUUGGUAGUUUUAGCUGCAAUAUUGGCAAUUUUGUGGAUCCACAGAAGAAGAAAAGUGGGGAAGAAGGGGUCAUUGGAGUUAAAAAAAAGAAGGUUCACAUACUCAGAUUUGGUGAGAAUUACAAAUAACUUUGAGAGGGUUCUCGGGAAGGGAGGAUUUGGAGCAGUCUACCAUGGUUACUUGGACAAUACUCAAGUAGCUGUUAAGAUGCUCUCGGCAUCAUCAGCUCAAGGAUACAAGGAGUUUCAAGCUGAGGUUGAAAUUUUACUCGAAGUUCAUCAUAAAAAUUUAACAAGUCUUGUUGGGUAUUGUGAUGAGGGCAAAAAUAUUGGACUGAUCUAUGAGUUCAUGGCUAACGGAAACUUAGAAGCACAUCUCUCAGAAAAAAAUGAAAAUGUCUUGAAAUGGGAAGGGAGACUACGAGUAGCAACAGAGGCUGCACAUGGACUCGAGUAUCUGCAUAGUGGUUGUAGGCAACCCAUUUUGAAAGUGGAACUCAAUGUGUUAACAAAUAAUAUUGCUGGAACCCCUCGAUAUCUUGACCCUGAGUUCUAUAUAUCAAACAGGUUAACAGAAAAAAGUGAUCUGUACAGCUUCGGAGUGGUUCUCUUAGAGAUAAUUACAGGCAAACCUGUCAUUGAAAAAUCCCUUGAGAGGACACAUAUUAGUCAGUCGGUGAAUCUCAUGCUUACAAAGGGGGACAUUAAAAACAUUGUUGAUCCAAGAUUCAAAGGAGAUUUUGACAUCAACUCUGUCUGGAAAGCUGUAGAAAUAGCAAUGGCUUGUGUUUCUCGGGAUUCCACCAAAAGGCCAACCAUGCAUCAGGUAGUAAUGGAAUUAAAUGAAUCUUUAGCAAUUGAGAUAGCUCGUGCAAAGGCAGGCAGUAACAAUAAAUCAAAGGACCAUAAUGCAGUGAUCACUCUGAACCUGAAUACUGAAUUAUCUCCAGUUGCAAGGUAG